GUUUUCGUGCGCAGUAUGUAAUAUGAACAUGGAAUUCCCAGAUCCACACGUCUGUCUAUUACAGGAGAAAAGGUUGAAUAAACGAGGUCAGAGCUUCUGAGCAUAUAUCCAAGUACGCACUGCACACAUUUCGCUGGUCCAAUGUUUUAAUUUCAAUUGGCCCAUCAUCUUCAUUCGUCUUCUUCUGCUUCUUUCCAAGAGUAUAGUUACCAACAAUAACACCGCAUGCACAACAAUGAUGUCAAUUCCAUUGCUGUGUUGUUGCCUCAUCUCCCUCGCAGCCUACCUUUCACUGGCCUAUGAAGACCCUCGUGGGCAGAGUUGCGGUGAAACCACCUAUUAUGCCCCUAAUUCAACAUUCUCCUCCAAUCUAGACCUAGCUCUCGAAACCCUUAGCAACACCACUGCCUCCACUGGUUUUGCUACCACCACUGCCGGUGACAGCAGUCAGACAGUAACGGCCCUCGCCCUCUGUCGUGCUACCAUAACCCCAUCGGACUGCCAGUUGUGCGUUGACGCUGCUGCAUCCGGUGUUCGUAGCGCGUGCCCCAAUCAAACAGUGGCUCAGGUAUGGUAUACUCUCUGCAUGCUCCGUUACUCGGGCUAUUACUUUGUGAACAAGACCGACUACACCAUCGCCUUCACGUUGUACGAUACCCGUCAUGCUCCUGAUCCUGACGCUUAUGACGUAAAGGUUAAGAUGUUAAUGCGGAAUCUCUCAUCCACCGCGGGUGCAUCAGAGAAGAGAUAUGCAGUGGGAAGAACAGCAGCACCAGAAAACCUCACCCUCUAUGGUUAUGUUGAUUGCACCCGCGACAUAGAUGGUGAUAGUUGUAGUGGAUGUCUAUUGGCUGCGACAAGUGCCAUAAAUUCUUGUUGUUUAGGGCAAUGGGCAGGUUGGAUUGCUACUCCAACAUGCAAUAUCCAGUUCAACAUGGACCCAGUGCACGAGGACUGGGUUAAUGGCCCUUAUGUCAACACAGACACCACCCCAGCACUGGCUUCGUCACCUACAACAGAACCAGUGAUGGGUCCUGCAGGUAAUGGUGCCGGAGGUGGUGGUUUAGCAAUCAAAAUUUCAGUUAUUUUAACGGUUGGAACAGUUGUUUUGGUAGCUGUGGUGCUGGGUGUUGCUAUGAAGUGGAGGAAAAGAGAGAGAGUGGAGAAAGGAGGUUCUGGGAUUUCAGACGAAGACAAUGAUCAGGAGAUAAUGAGAGAGAGAAUUGGGACGAGGAAUUUCAUAUAUGAUUUGGAUGCCUUGGUUGCUGCCACCGAUAAUUUUUGUUUAGCAAAUCGGCUAGGCGCUGGUGGGUUUGGGACUGUUUAUAAGGGAAUAAUGGAAAACGGUGAAGAAAUAGCAGUGAAGAAGUUGACACCUGGUUCAACACAAGGAAGAGAAGAGUUCUCAAAUGAAGUUAGACUAUUGUUGAAGCUGCAACACAGAAAUCUUGUACGACUGUUUGGGUGUUGUGUUGAAGGAGAAAAUAGGGUGUUGGUUUACGAAUACCUACAGAACAAGAGUCUCAACUACUUCCUCUUUGAUAAGAGCAAGAGUGCAUUGCUAGACUGGCCAAAGCGAUACAACAUCAUAAUGGGUGUGGCACGGGGACUUCUUUAUCUUCAUGAAGAUUCACAGCUUAGAAUCAUACAUAGAGAUAUCAAAGCAAGCAAUAUUUUACUUGAUGAAGGGAUGAACCCCAAAAUAGCAGAUUUUGGCCUAGCAAGGCUAUUUAAAGAUGAACAGACACACCAUAGAACCCGUCGGAUUGCAGGAACAUUUGGUUACAUGGCUCCGGAAUAUGCAAUCAGAGGCUUCAUGACUGCCAAGAUCGAUGUAUUCAGCUUUGGCGUAUUGAUUUUAGAAAUCAUCAGUGGAAGAAAAAAUUAUGACCCGCAAUUGAAUGAGCAAAAUCGGGAACUCCUGAAACUUGCUUGGAGAUUAGAACAAGAAGGGAGGAUAAUGGAGUUAGUAGAUGCCACUAUUGGUUCUUUCUCCCAAGAUAAUGUGUUAAAAUGCGUUCGAGUUGGGUUAUUGUGCUGUCAACAGUUGACACAAGAUCGGCCAACAAUGUCUUCUGCAAUGUUAAUGCUCUCAAAUGAUUCAGUAACGAUACCAGUUGCAGGAAGGCAUGGCUACCAGGAUACCCCUUGUGACCCUGUUGCACCACACGACAGCAUAAACACUUCUGCGGACCUGGAAAAUGAGUCUUUCUCCAAGAAUUCAAUUACUUUUUCAUUGCCAAAUGGUAGGUAGUUACAUAUACUGUUUUAGUUAGUGAAAGGUAUAUUUGUAUUAUGCAAAGGUGGGGCUUGUAGAUAACAAUUAAUCCAAAACUUCUCCAUUUAUAUUUUUCCUUUCUCUUUUGUGUCAAACAACUUGAUACAUAAGGGAGCCAUAAAUUAGUAGGAUCAAGAGAGCAAGUUUGAAGAUAUUCAGUGCAUGAUCUAAAGGACACUGUCAUCAGCCUCAAUAAAAUGCUUAUAUCAACAUUA